GAUUAGAAAACUAGAAAUGGACAAGUUGUACAAAACCAUUGAACUUGAGGUGAGAGGUCAUGACCCUGCUGUUUUGAAAAGCUAUAAAUGGUUUGCUUCUGAGGCUGCAAGAAAAUUAGAUAUUUUGGUGUCCAAAACAUGGGAACCUCCAAAAGUAUACGACAGGAGGACAUUACUGAAAUCAGUGCAUAUAUAUAAAAAACAUAGAGUUCAAUAUGAAAUGAGAACAUAUUUUACAGUUAUUCAGUUAAAGCAAUGACUGGUU